AAUCGGAUUCAUCUGUACAAUUUUCUGCUGCUGAAGAUUUUCCUCUUCAACCACUGGGUGUCAGGGUUAGCCCGAGAAGCGGAGGGCUCUGGGUGCCUGGUCCCCGCCCCGACCCCAGCCUGCCUCUUCUGCCCCCUGGGUGCCCUGAUGAGGAGCCUGGUGACCCUGUGGAGCGCCCUGCUCUUCCUGGCUCUGCGCCUGCCCGGGCUGGCCCUGACGCGCAUGCUGAGCUCCCCCCUGGCCCUGUGCCACCUCUGCCAGGCCUCCUGGGGCCAGCUGGGCUUCUUCUGGGGCCUCUGGAAGAACCUGCUCCAUUACUGGUUUCAAAGCCUGCUGCUCGGGGUCCUGGUGGUCCUCUUGAUCACGUGGAGGCUUUGCCAGACGGCCCAUCGCUUCAGUAUCAAGCAGCUGAGGCGGCUGGUGAGUGGACAGAGGCCGGGCAGAGGCCGGGCACAGGGUGUGGACACGGAGAGGACAGGGAGCAGUGACCGGGGAGAGCGGAGACCACGGCCAGUCGGGGUGCUGCUGGAUAAUCGCUUUUCCCUGGAGUUCCUGGGCCUCAUGCGGCAGCUGUACUGGCACGUGGAGAGCACGGCGGCCCUCACCUCCUGGCACCUGGCCUACGUCGUGACCUGGGCCACCUGCCUGGCCUCACACAUGCUCGAGGCGGCCUUCGAACACACGGCCCGCCUGGCCCAGGCCCAAGAAGCAGACCCGGACAUAGUGUGGGAAGACAGCGCCAUGGAGGUGAUGCUUCCCGAGGAGCCCAAAGUCUUGGAUGAAUAA